UGCAGCCACCAAGGUUAAGGCCUCUCUUAAUCAAUCCGUCGCGUAAAGAAAUGUAUAGGAUCAAUCACUCAGAAAACCUCCUGAUGAACUCCAGUGGCUUUGAGCCCCCGUACUUCAUCGAAGAAGAUAACUUUGACCAAAUGAUCGAUCUGAUCCAGGGGGAGAGUGUUCAUCCAAUUGCGAAAUUGGGUUUUGAGUAUGACCUUCUUGAUGGUGUUAUGAGUGGUGGGCAAGUCAUACCAACUUCAGGAAAUGCUUUUGGCCAUGAUCACACUUCCUCUAGGAAUUGUGAUUUUGUUCUCGACUCGCUGCUGAGCCUUGGAGAAGAUGUGAAGGAGAAUCUGGGAGACGAGAAUGAUGGGGAGGAUUCAUCAGGAACUACCACCAGUACCACCACCGGGACUGCCACAACACCGACCAAGGGGACAAAGACCGACAGGUCGAGGACUUUAAUCUCAGAGCGGCGAAGGAGGGGCCGGAUGAAGGAGAAGCUCUACGCUCUCCGUUCCUUGGUUCCUAACAUAACAAAGAUGGACAAGGCCUCGAUAGUUGGGGAUGCCGUGCUCUACGUGCAAGAACUCCAAACGCAAGCCAAGAGGCUGAAAGCCGAGAUAGGCCGCCUCGAGGCUUCGUGGGCGGGCACGGGCCUGAAGAGGUACCAAGCACAGAAUGAAACCACAAAGAGGAUUCAAGCUGCAAACAGCAACCACUCUGUAUGCAGCAAAAUUCUGCAGAUGGAUGUGUUCCAAGUGGAAGAAAGAGGGUUCUACGUGAGGCUGGUGUGCCCCAAGGGAGUCGGCGUGGCGGUGUCCCUGUACAAGGCCCUGGAAUCGCUGACCAGCUUCCAUGUUCAGAACUCCAACUUAGCCACAGCUUCUUCAGAGAGAUUUGUGUUCACUUUCGCUCUCCAUGUCAAAGAGAGCGAACAGGGCAUGACCCUGCCGAAUCUGAAGCUGUGGAUCACGGGGGCGCUGCUAAACCAGGGAUUUGAAGUCAAAUCUCCAUUGUCUGCCUAAUCAUCCUCAUGUCUGAUGUGUUUCUUGUGCUUAACUCUUGAAGAACAGCUUUCAUCUGCAAAAAAUAAUUGGACGUGGUCAGAGAGAAGACCCAUUUGCAAGCUCUUCAUAUUAAGGACUGGUUAAGCUUCGUGCAUCAAAGAGACACCCAGUUGACUUUUUUUUUCAGAGCAGGUCCAGGUGGGAUGGAAGGAGGAGGAUGAGUCAACCCCCAUCACA